CGCUUCCAUAAUAGUACUUGGUGGACUGUCACUCGGUAGUACUUCAACUUGGUACCUCGACAUCAAUGAUCAGGGGGGACAGUAUCCGUACUUCCUUCCACACCUGUAGGUUCCUGUGACGUUGAAUCUCGUAUUCUUCUGGGGUGAGACAAGGAAUUCCCAAGGUUUUAUACCGUAAGUGGGACAAGUACGGCGACCAACAUGUCUGGACCAAUCAAGAAAGUGGUCGUGCUGGGGGCCACCGGCAACGUCGGCAAACCCAUCACCACGGCCCUCGCGGACGCCGGCUACAUUGUGACAGCAGCGUCACGCAGCGAGGGCAAAAAGUUCCCUGACCCCAUCAUCCCAGCCGUGGUGGACUACAGCUCAAUCGACGCGCUCGUGGACCUGUUCAAAGGCCAGGAUGCAGUGGUCGAAGCAUUCCCACCCAAUGCAGCGCACAUGCAGCCCGCCAUCGUGGACGCGUGUCUCAAGGCCGGCACAGUCAAGCAUAUUAUCACGCCCGAUUUCGCAGGCGACACUUUCAGCCCACAUAUUUCCGAGUUGCCGCUGUACGUUCCGAAAGUCGAGGCCCAGAAACAACUGGAGGAGAAAAUCAAGGGGACCGAUUUGACUUGGAGUGCUAUCAUCACGGGUGGUUGGUAUGAUUGGGCAAUACCACUCGGAUACUACUGGAUCAAUCCGCAGACAAACACCAUCACCGUCUAUGGCAGUGGCAACCAGCGCAACAGUAUGUGUCGCGUCGGCACCGCCGCCAAAGCCGUCUGUGAUGUCCUCGCCGAUCCUGCGAAGUUCAAAAACCGGCCCGUCUAUGUCGCGGACCACACGGUCAGUAUGAACCAGCUGAUUCCGAUGUUGGAGGAGGCAAAGCCCGGCUGGAAUAUUGUCAAGGUCGAUCUUGAUGCCUUUUUCGCCGAGGCAAAGAGACUGUGGGACGAGGACACGAAGAAGGGUGUCGAGGUCAGAUUGCUCACCCCGGCGUACAAUAUGCUGGGAACAUACGGCAUUUUCGAGGAGAACAAUAGAUACAAUGCCGACUUUGAGCGACUGAUUGAGCCUGGAUAUGGGUAUCAGAAGCCUUUGGAUGAGCUGAGGGAGGAAUUGAAGACGUUGGUGGGUGCGAAAUGAAGCUACAGUACGCUCUUAGAGCCUGACUGUCGCUUGAAGCACUGCUGCAUUGCUUGCAUGGAUGGCGUAGUCGGCGAACUCAACGCCGUUUCAUGGGCGAAACUGUAGCCCAUCAUGACCUAGAAUAGAUGAACAGCAACUGCCAGUGAAUCCAAACAGAAUACUAUAGUCGUUCAGUCCAAGUUGUAGAUGAAGGUUG